UUAUCCCCCACCACUUCUAGUAGAGGAAACUGUUUGGGUUGCGAAAAUAAAACGCUAUAUUUGAAUAUUUAGAUUUUUUUUCUUCGCGUGUUCUUUGUUUCACGACGGCCACUGUUGCGGGAUGGGAAUGGCAUCCAAAAGGAAAAAAACUAUGAGUAGUGAAGGUCCAGUUAAGAUUGUAGGAAUUAACCAUGGAGUAUGUCUGCACCAUUUUUUGUUGGUGGAUGGAUGGAAAAAAGAACAAUUCACUGAUGUUACAUUUUUUUGUCAGUCUCCAGAUGACAAUAAUGAACAACACAGCUUACAAAACAAGCUCCGUGCUAACAGAAGUGUUCUCGCUGCUGCAAGCCGGUUCUUUUCCACUCUGUUACCUGAUUGUGAGUUAGAACUGGAUGUUUGUAUCUCAAUUGAUCUGAGCUUUGAAGAACUGUUCUGUGUUCUUGAGUACAUCUAUUCUGGAAAGCUCUUGUGUUCUGUCGAAAGCAAAGACAGAAUUUUAAGUAUUCUAAGAGAAUUUGAAAUUUUUGUGCCUGAACAUCUACAGAAUUCAGUAUACUGUGGAAGAAAUGGAAGCAGUGAGGCACAAGUGGAAAUAAUAUUUGAAGAAGCCAUUGCAUGUGAACCAAAAACUACUAAAGACCUCACAAACAUUUCAGAGGAUAAAUCUUCCUUCGCAACUUCUGCCGAUGUUAGUGUCUUAAAUAGCGGGGAACUAAUUUUACGAGAAUCUAAUAUUUCAAGCUCCAAUGAAGAUCUCUUCCAGAAUGAAGAAAAGCUUCAGGAAAAGUUAUCAAGCAGCCAUAAGAUGUAUAGCAACAAAAGUAAAACUCACUGUGGAUCGAAAAUGAGUAUUCUUAAUCCAAAUUCAAAUAUUACUGAAACAAUUGCUGAAUCGGAAUCCGGACAUUUUAAAGAUCCGUUGUUCUCCGUAGUCUCCAAUCGACCCACCUCGCUGGAAGAAACGCAAGAAAGUGUCAUAUCGCCUGAGAUUGUGGCAGUUGAACCAAAAAAUAACCCAUCGCUAAGCAGUUGUGAUGAGAAUAGGAGUAAUGUAGAAGAUGAAUGGACUAUACGACAAAUACCGGAUAGGCAGACAGUUACUCUGCAGUUCCCUGCCCAGAUUCUUGGCAAUACCAUCACACAUCCGAACGAGCUUGAACAUACUCUGAUCAAACGCUCAACAGUUCCAUUUAAUACUUCGACCUACCCAUUGCCCUUAUAUCAUUCACACACUUGGUGCUACGGCAUUUAUACCCCCGUUGAUCCUGCUAUGAUCUCCCAGGAAACUGUAUUCUAUGAUCAUCCUCUACCUAGCAUUAAAGGGCAACCGUUCGUACAUGACUGGACGUCUUUCAAACAGCCGACUUUUCUGGUGUCUCGACCACAACGCGUCUACAACCGCCGUGAACUAGUUGUUCGUGAGCGACCGAAUCAAAGCAAGGCAGUGUUAAAAUUGACCGACAUUCAAAACAUGAAAGCCCAUAAUGGGAAAAUCCAUGUGACGUUAAAUGGACAGCCUCUUGUCCAGCCUACCCUACCCCAACUCUUUCAUGGUGGAGGUGACUACGAAAAUGGUGAACCAAGUGAAACAAAUAACCAGCAACAGGCGUGCAUGGUACGGCGUUCAACUAGCGUGACAAACAUCCAAGAGAGUGAGGACGACAAAAUUGAUUUGGCGCUGGCCAAACAUUUUUUGCAAGAAGAAGUUCGUUUAAAACAGAAGCUUCAAAUGAGACUGAAAAUGUUCUCCGACCGGCUCACUCAACACAAAGAAAUCGCUCGUUCCAUUUUGAAGAGGACAAAGGAACUUGAGCAGAGAAAGCGAGCAAAUGAAACAACGAAGCUAUACCCAACCGCGAAGAAAUCGGGACCACAAACACAAUGCGAGCAAUGCGGCAAAAUGGUGCUGGCGUCACGUUUGGCAAUUCACCUAAAGAUCCACAGCGGUAUAAAGUCACACUUAUGCGAACUGUGUGGUCGAGCAUUUUUGCUCAAGGCGUACCUCAAUGCACACAUUCGGAUUAACCAUCGAGGAACAGAGCGGCCGAAACGCUUCAUGUGUAGCAGUUGUGGCUAUACCUGCGAUCAGAAACACAAAUUAGAAGUCCAUGAAAGGGUUCACACUGAUGAAAGGCCGUUUACAUGCACAUACUGCGACAAGAAAUUUCGCGAGAAAGGCACCCUCGUUCGUCACAUUCGGACACACACAGGCGAAAAACCAUAUUCAUGCAAUAUCUGCGGUACAUCUUACGCUGCCAGGGAUACCUACGUUCAACACUACAGAAGGAAGCAUGAACAACAAAGAUCGGAUAGCACGAAUGAACCUCGAUCAAGAACAAGACACUCCAGCGUAGUCAUUUAUCGCUGCGAGUUUUGUCAAAAAGGAUUCUACCGGAUCCUGGCAUACGAAAAGCAUCGCGCGACCCACACAGGUGUGGCUGCUGCUGUACGUUGUACGCAGGGAGACUGUGAUUUCACCUAUUCAGAUAUGACGCAACUGAAGGAUCAUAUGGCAAUCUGUCACCCAGGGAAGACGUAUACUUGUGCGGUAUGUUCGAAGGUGUUUCUCACUAAGCAAAACCUGGCGAAUCACCAGUCUAAACAUGAUCCGACGCUAGGAUUUCAUUGCUCAUAUUGCUCUAUGAGCCUUACUACUAAAGCGAGUCUGAUGGCCCACGAAAAGAUCCAUACUCGAGAUAAACCAUACGAAUGUUCCUAUUGUGGGAUGCGUUUCCACAGUCCUUACCUAAUAAAGAUUCAUCUUCGCAAACAUCAACCCAGUCAACCUAAAAGGAAACGUUCUAGAAGAUCAAUUGAAGAAGUAUCGGAAACCCCGGACACGGAUGCCGCUGGCGAUACUGUCUCGAUAGCGUAUUAUUGAACUGAUGAAGAUUUGCUGGUGGUUUCUUCUGUUUCUUAUUGAAAUGUAUUUUAAUUACUUUCCUUAUGACACAUCCAAUUGGUUGGUACUGGUAAGUUUUUCCCCCUUCUUCAUGGUUUUAUGGUACUUGUUGUUUCCGACGGACAUGUAACCUUCCAAGUGGAAAAGUUGUUCAAUGUCGUGAAAGGGUUUUCGAAGCUAGUGGUCAUUUCUGGAAUUUCUUUGAUCAAUUUGGCGUGCAAAUCGCUGCUUGAAGCAAAGGCAAAAUCCAAGUGGUUGACCACCUG